UCUGGAGUGCCAUAGGUUGGCCACCCCUGCCUUAGACAGACAAAAGCCUCUUUUUGUUGUUUGUGAUUGACUUUAAAAUGGGAUAUUUUUUUUCCCCCCAGUCCUUCCCUGGAUAAAGAAACCAUUGCGACUACCAGUUCUCCACAGUCCAUGUUAGAACACCAUCCUGCAGCCAUCACGCUGGAGCUGGAUCAAGAGGAGGAGGAUGUGAAGCCGCCUCCCUCGUUGAUAGUGGAGCUGCAGGCACAGGAGGCCUUGGAGGAAAGAGACCAAGAGCACAUGGUCCAUGUCAUGGAGAGGUCUCCUUCAACCUCCCUGUCUUCUGUUGACAUAAGGAUGCUCUCUCCAUCUCCCAUCCCCAGAAGAGAUGAAUUUUUUAGGCUUGAAAGCGGGGAUCGAUUUCGGGCCACGUGUGGGGCCUAUGGCCCACAGAUGUUGCAAAUGCUAAAAGAAGAGCAUCACAUCAUUUUGGAAAAUCAGAGGAAAAUCGGGCUGUAUAUUCAAGAAAAGAGGGAUGGCUUGAAAAGAAGGCAGGAGCUAGAGGAAGAGCUAUUGAGAGCCAAAAUUAAAGUAGAAAAGUUAAAGGCAAUACGACUACGACGUGAUCUUCCUGAAUUCAACAGUCUCUGAAUAUUUGCAGGGGUUUUUUUGCACAAAACCAGGGUUACUUCAUAAUUCCCUUUGAUCUAGAAAUGGCUAUUUACCAUGUUAAUUUGGACAGAUCAAAAGCCAGUCUUGAAUUAAACGAGCGCAUGGUUUCCAUUUUGUGCUUCAAGCAGAUUUGCAAAAGAAAUUCAAAGCCAUCUUUCACUGGUCUUUCCAGCAUUUCAGAUCUGACGUAGAACCAGAUCUGAGACUCUUUAAAAAGAGUCCUUUGAAAUUUUGUGCAUAUUACUGUUAGUGAAAACUAAUGAUAAUUUAUACAGCUGUUAAAAAUCAUGCUAACUUUUUUUUUUCUGGAACAACUCUUAUCUGCCCUUCUAAAUAUUCAUUUAAUUGUGGAUCAAUAAACAAACAGAACGAAUGAAAACAA